AGCAACUCCUCCUUCGGCAUCGGCGUGUUGGUUGGUUCCCCACUGCCUCUGCCUCUGCUUCCGGUGGAUCGAUCGAGGCGAACCGCCGGCGAUGGAGGCGGUGAAGAGCCUCCUGAAGCCGAAGCCGACGCCGCAGCAGCAGCUGCGCGAGUGGCAGCGCCGCCUCCGCAACGAGGGCCGCAACAUCGAGCGCCAGAUCCGAGACGUGCAGAAGGAGGAGAAGAAGGUGGAGAAGGCCAUCAAGGAGUCCGCCAGGCGCGGCGACAUGGGAUCCGCCAAGGCGCUGGCCAAGGAGCUGGUGCAGUCCAGGAAGGCCGUCAACCGCCUCUACGAGAACAAGGCCCAGCUCAACUCCAUCUCCAUGCACCUCGGCGAGAUCGUCGCUACCACCAGGACGGUAGGACAUUUGUCCAAGAGCACCGAAGUGAUGAAGCUUGUGAACAAUCUGAUGAAGGCCCCAGAGAUAGCUGUCACCAUGCAGGAAUUCAGCAAAGAGAUGACAAAGGCCGGCGUGAUGGAAGAGAUGGUCAAUGAUGCCAUGGAUUCAGCACUGGACGAUGAGGGCAUGGAGGAGGAGAUCGAGGAGGAGGUUGAUAAGGUCCUCUCCGCAAUCGCCGGGGAGACUGCGUCCCAGCUUCCUGAUGCCGUCCGCAAACAAAAAGAGAAGGUCACACAACCAUCGACAAGCGAACCCGCACAGAGAACUGCUCUAGCGGAAUCCGUUGACGACGACGAGGAUGAUCUAGAAAAGAUAAGGGAGAGGCUGGCCAAAGUGAGGUCGUAGAAGAGAACCGCUGUGCUGGCAUGUGUAUAAUAGUCCAUUUGGUAAUGUUAAUGUAUGAUACACAACUUGGCAGAUGGCGCCCUUGUCACUCGCAGACUGAUCUAUUAUUACCCAAACCACCGAGUUGUUGGAUCUCUGUUGUAACCUGAAUGUGACGAUCAUCACGUGUGAUCAAACGUGCCCUGUAUUUUGUUUUGUUUUCGACUUGUUGCGACUACAUGAAUAUUGUAAGUAUAUGCAGAUAUCAUGUCAGUAAAGCUGGAUGCACAUCUGUGCAGAGCUACAAACUGAAAUGCUGAACUUGAACUUUGUUGUUCACUUCA